AGAGAGCAUCCUUUUUUUUUUUUUUUUUCACCCCUUCCCCUCCCUCUUACGCGGCUGCGCGGUCGACGAGCGCGCUUCCCCGGGAGGGAGGAAGAAGCAGGACGAGCUCUGGAGUCGAGGACUUGCAUUUUAAGCAAAAAAAAAAGAAAAAAAACGGGAGAAGAGGAGAAGAAGAAGAAGAAGAAGAGUGUCAGAGUCGCCAGAGAGCGAGGAGACAUCGCACAUUCCUCUCACGUCUUCAUCUCUCCUCUUCCUCCUCUCGCCACCGGGAGAGGAGAGGGUGAGGAGAGCAGGAGAUGGGGAACGAGGAGGAAUCCAAACUAUUGCUUCUCAUUCCUCCCGAUGCUUCCCAGCUGCAGCGCCAGCCUGAGCCCGGCAUCGGACAGUGAGCAGGACGCAGCGGGCCACGACGGAACACGACGCAGGAGGAUAUGUGAAGUUGGAACCCCUCUAAACUAACGCUGUGAAGCGGCUCUCUUCCCGGAGCCCGGACUUCACCCACCUGGCGUCGGCGAGGAUGCUGUGGGUUACCCUGCUGAGCACCAUAGCCUUAGGAUGGACCACCCCCGUCCCGCUGCUGGAGGACUCGGAGGAGAUGGACGAGCCGUGCUUCGAGCCGUGCUACUGCGAGGUGAAGGAGGGCGUCUUCCACGUGCACUGCGACAGCAAGGGAUUUACAAACGUGAGCCAGAUCGCUCAGAUAUGGAGCCGGCCGUUCAAGCUCAACCUGCAGAGGAACUCGAUGCGGAAGCUCUACUUCAACAGCUUCCUCCAUCUCAACAACGCCAUAUCCAUCAAUCUGGGCAAUAACGCCUUGCAAGACAUCCACGCCGGAGCGUUCAACGGCCUGGGAAUACUCAAACGGCUUUUCCUACACGAGAACAAGCUGGAGAUUUUCCGGAACGACACCUUCCUGGGGCUGGAGAGUCUCGAGUAUCUCCAGGCAGACUACAACGUCAUUAAAAGGAUUGAGAGCGGCGCUUUCAGGCACCUGCACAAAUUGAGAGUGCUUAUACUGAAUGACAAUCUGAUCCCCGUGCUGCCGAAUUAUCUCUUCCGGUCCGUAUCGCUAACACAUUUGGACCUGAGGGGCAACAGGCUGAAGACCCUGCCCUAUAAAGGGACGCUGGAGUACGUCGGGCGGAGCCUGAUGGAAAUCCAGCUGGAGGAGAACCCUUGGAACUGCGUGUGCGAGAUCGUCCAGCUGAAGACGUGGCUGGAGAGGAUCCCCUACACGGCCCUGGUGGGCGAGAUCACCUGCGAGUACCCCUUCCAUUUACACGGGAAGGACCUCCGGGAGAUCAAGCGCAGCGAGCUCUGCCCCCUGCUCUCCGACUCUGAGAUCGAGGCCAAGUUGGGGAUCCCUCGCAUUCCGUUCAGCAACGAGAACACGUGGCCGACCAAGCCGUCCUCCAUGCUCUCCUCCUUUCACAACACGGCGUCCUCCGCCAUGAAGCCCACCAAAAGACCUCGGCCCACGAGAACCCCCCCCACCCCUCGUAGCAUUUACCCAGGCGUCAACCAGCCCCCCAUCGCCGGCUACCAGACGAGACCUCCGAUACCGAUCAUCUGUCCGGUCGGUUGUCUUUGCAACCUCCACAUUAACGACUUGGGUCUGACGGUGAACUGUAAGGAAAAGGGCUUCCACAACAUCUCCGACUUGCUGCCACGCCCUCUCAAUGCCAAGAAACUGUAUCUCAGCGGGAACCUGAUACAGAAAAUCUAUCGUUCGGAUUUCGAGAACUUCUCAAGUUUGGAUUUACUUCACCUCGGCAACAACCGGAUCUCUUACGUGCAGGAGGGCGCUUUCAUCAACUUGCCGAACUUAAAAAGUUUAUACCUGAACGGGAACGACAUCGAGAGGCUCACACCUGGGAUGUUCCGAGGACUCCAGAUGUUGAGUUAUCUGUACUUUGAGUACAACGUCAUACGUGAAAUCCAGCCCAACUCCUUCUCCUUGAUGCCCAAUCUGCAGCUGGUUUUCCUCAACGACAACCUUCUCCGCUCGCUCCCCGAUGACGUGUUCGCCGGCACCGACCUGGCCCGCCUCAACCUCCGCAACAAUUACUUCCUCUCUCUUGCCGUGCGCGGAGUCCUGGAGCAUCUGAUCUCCAUAGUCCAGAUUGAUCUUCAUCAAAACCCCUGGGAGUGCUCCUGCGACACCGUCCCCCUCAAACAAUGCUGGAAAAAACUCUCCUCCGUCAUUGUGGUGGGAGACGUCAUCUGUAAGAGCCCGGAGUUUGCCAUCGGGAAGGAUUUGCGCUCACUGGGUGUGGAGGUCCUCUGUCCGGAACUUAAGUAUUCCGCAGGCCCCUUGCCGGCUCAACCUGGGGGGCAGGACCUGACCACAGGGAGUACGGGUAUGGGGGAGGCGGGCGGGCGAGACGCAGUGCCGCUGUCAGUCCUCAUCCUCAGCCUCCUCAUACUCUUCAUCUCUGCUGUGUUCGUGGCGGCCGGCCUGUUCGCCUUUGUUCUCCGCCGGAGGAAGAAAAUGCCCUUCAGGAAGCGAUCAGAGGUGGAUCUGACAGGGAUCCAGAUGCAGUGCAGGAUUUUCGAGGACGUGCCGAGGCAGAGCAGCGCCGGCAACACAAGCACACUGGAGAAGCCGACGCCCGGCUUGCAUACUCACACGCACACCAGUCACACGCAUUCCCACGGCCACGUUUAUGACUACAUCCCCCACCCCGUGACUCAGAUGUGCAACAACCCCAUCUACAAGCCCCGAGAGGGGGAGAUAGCGGCCACGGCGGAAAACCGAGGGGCAUUUUCAGCCAAGAAAGACAAUGGCGGCGGCAGGAGCGGCGGCAACUACCGCACCUUGUUCGAGAAAGAGCGAGAGUGGAGCCUGGCCGUCUCCAACUCUCAACUCAACACCAUCGUGGCGGUCAACCACACCGCGGCCGACCUGGCGGGGCUUCACGAGAACGGCGGGCUGUGCCCGACGGUCAUCGACAGCCAGAGGCCCACACCGACGGUGGGUUUCGUCGACUGCCUGUACGGGACGGCCCCCAAACUAAAGGACCGCACAGUGGCGCACGCACACCCGCCCGGCAUGCAGUACCCGGACUUGCAACAGGACGCUCGGCUGAAGGAGACGUUGCUUUUCGCGGCGGGGAAAGGCUGCUACCCCGACCCGUCCCAGAGCGACUACCUGGAGUUAAGGGCCAAACUUCAAACCAAGCCGGAUUACCUCGAAGUGCUGGAAAAAUCGUAUCGGUUUUAACAUCUCUUCAAAACGCCUCCGCCCCCCCUUGAAAAAACGAUAUCUGGAAAAAGCAGCAUGAAAUAAAAUAUAUUCCACUUUCAACAGUGCCGCCCGAAUCAUUACGGAGGAGAGGCUGAUCUCAGAUAUUUCAAAUCAAGUGCCUUUUUUUCCAGAGUAGCCAGCAAUGUCAGCAGCCGUUAUUUUUGUAACAUAAAUAUCUCUAUUUGCUGAGCGAGAGGGAGUUUGC